UGCGCUGAGGGGCGGAUCAGUGUUGACCGGCCGGCUUAGCGGUGAGUCUCCUGUCGUCACCAGUUCUCAGGACAGUUGGACUUAUUAAAGAGUCCGGAUCUAAAUCAGUAUCUGGACAUUAAUCCUCUCCCGUGGACCAGCAUGGACGUUUUGCUGAACACUUGUGGACUGAGAGUCCAAACUCUGCUGUUUGUGUUUCUCCUCGUCGCAAAGGCAGCAGCUCAGUGUCCAAGACCUGACGAAAGGGAAAAUAUGGUCUUAACCGAAGAAGCCCUUCUAAAAAAUGAUUUCCCCGAGGACACUGAAGUGAUGUUAGAGUGUGGUAAUGGGUACGAGCCAGACAGUGGCUCUGGAGCUAUAACCUGUAUUGAUGGGAAGUGGACUGAACCAGAUCUCAUCUGCAAAAAGAAGGACUGCGGUCCCCCUACACCUAAACCCAAUACGAGCUUUAAUCUGAGUGAAGGGACGCUGUUUGGAGCUUCAAUAACAGUCUCUUGUGAUAAAGGAUACCAGAUCCGUGGAUCCAGCCACAGAAAGUGCUACGCAUCAGGGUGGAGUGGAAAAGUUAGCUGUGAAAUUGUAAGGUGUGGUAAACCUGUAGAAGUGACCAAUGGCAAAAUCUCCUGGGAUUCACAAGAUGUCCCAAAAUAUGGAGAGAGCGUACAGUACGUCUGUGAUGAAGGAUUCCAUCUGGUUGGAAAAGCAAGCAUCAUGUGCACUGAAACUGGUGUAUACGACUCUGAGCCUCCUAAAUGUGAAGGUGUUACAACAGAAGAUAGAAUAACAACAACAAUAACACCAACAUCUGCAACUACAGAACAAGGUGUCAGAAAUAUUGUGACAACAGUUAUACCUGAAAUAGAAACAACUCACAGAGAUACAACUGUUGCAAGAAGAGCAACAACUCUUCCACCCUCACUACAAGGUGGCAGAGGCAUUUUGACAGCUGGGGAUACAGAUGCUCCGCCUGCUGUAACAUCAACAACUUCAUUACAAGAUAAGCAUGAGGUAGCUGUUGAUGCUACCAAGGAUAAUGGAUAUGUACCUGUUAUUAUCAGUGUGAUAUGCGUUUCAUUAGUUGUGUGUUUAGUUGCUCUCUUUUUACACAAGUUUCUCAUGAGGAAAAAAGGCUCAUAUGACACCAGAGAGGACCUGAAGCCGGAGUUAUUACAGUUCCAAAAUCUUUAGGUUGCUGCCUCACUAAGCUUUAGAAAUGGAACGGCGCCUAUCAGUUCAAGAGCAUCUGUGAGACCGGACAGACGUGCCGACAGAUUAUAGCGGUGCCUCUCUGAGUGGAUGGAGAAAAACUCACUUUACUGUCAAUGCACUUCACAACAGUGAGGUAUCAAACCUGCUGAGUCAAAGUAUCAUAAUUUAAAUCAACUUCCAAUGAUCAAAGCACUUUUUUAAUGAUUUAUUUUUGUAUUGCCACUAUAGUAAAUUACUAUUGUAAAUAGUCUGUGCCACUUUAGUGUAACUUUGUACGUUAUUUAUGAUGUAAACUGGAAAUUAAUAUCUUUGUCUUGUAUUAUUAAGUAUUGAGAAAAAUAAACUUUUUAGUGUGGAGUUUUUUUAAGAAGCUGAAGUUUUUGUGUUAUUAAAAUGCAGUAUUGUUGAUAGAGACUUGUGUAAAAGGGAUAAAGAAGCAAACAAUGUGCUCAGUUGAGUUGGCAGACUGUGGUGUUGGCUGAUAAAGAUACAAUCAGUUGCAUUCUUCGCCUCCU